AACAUUGAAAACGAAGGUCACAAAACUCAAGAAACACAAUUUCUGUCGACGUCUGGUUGUGGUAGAGAUCCGGCGAGAACGACUCGUCGGAUUUCGCCCAUUUUAAGCCUUCAAAUCUCUUCUUCACUCAAAUCCCACAUUAAGAGGAAAACCCAUCAAGAAAACAUGAAGGGUUCGUGCACUCUUGUUGCUUCUGUUCUUACUGUCUCCACUGUAGCUUUAUCAUCAUCAGCCCCACCUUCUUCUCCUGUGGUUGAGGGUUCAUCAAGAUCAUCUUCAAUGGAGGAAAGUGGUGGGUCUAAUAAGGAGAAAUUUGCGCCAAGAUUUGAUGGAUUAAGGUUUAUCGAGACCCUUGUCACGGCUCACAGAUAAUUACUGAGUUAACCAUUAAUAAUCUCUGUUAAUUUUGUUAUUUUGAGGGAUUAAGAUGUGACUAAAGAGAGA